GAUACCCACCUCCUCUAUCUUUGAUUGAUGAAGAAUGAGCCUUCUUGAUUCUGUUGGUUUUUGUGAUUGUUUAUAUUUUAAAAGUGUUGAAAUCAAGGAGACCAGUAUUUGUGAAAUAACAAGGUUAUGAAAGAUUGAUCUUUUGGUUCCAUCUGUGAACUUGCUAUGUCAUUAACUAUGACACCAAACCCAUAGCUUCUUCUCUGUGAAUUCUACUGUGCCACAAUGAUGAAUCUAGAUCUGCUAGAAUUAGCGCGCCAUCUAAAGCAGGAGAGAUUAUAUGUGUCCUCCGAGAAGCAUCUACUUCAGAAGCUUCACGAAGAGGUGACACAGCUGGCGGAUAAGCUCUACCGUGUCUCUUGGAUUGCACGGCAUCAGAGGCAGACACUUAACAGUUUGAUUUUAGCUAACGUUGAUUCUCCACCAGCAGCAUGUUGUCAUCGUGCCAAUGCCUUGGAAGAGGUUGGCUUUGUCGACGGCUAUAAAAAACUUGGCUUCCAAGAUACAGUAUAUGGAGAGUUCUUAUGUUGUUUGAAAGACAAUCCGAAAAUCGUGGGCAUGUGCUUGGCCCAAGGUGAGCGUGAAUAUCCAACUGGGAUUCAGUGUCUUGUGCAUAAUCUCAUGUCAUCGGUUUAUGGGAAUGCUGUCAUUCAAGAAGAUGAACGCCGUGUCCUCCAGCUUUUACAAUCUCUGAUGGAGUUUGAGCUAGCGAGCAGUGAUGACCCACGGCGUUUAUUGAGGCGUGGCUCUUGCGCAUUCAGUCACGCUAUGCGGCUCUUCACCGAAGGAUUAUUCUCGGGGAAGCUGUAUCUCACUGCUGCGCUUCAUGAGCCAGUCAUGGCGUUACUUAUGGAAAACGAUACCUACUUUGAAACGGACACUAGAAAAAUGCUUGAUCAUUUGAGCAAUGAAGAACAUCUAAAGUUGUUCGGCCCAAAGAACAGCCCAACGUAUACUACAAAACUUCAAGAAUAUAUAGAUCGUGUUGGGCAUCAACUUGUAGCACUUUGUAAUAAAUUUAUAUCCAGCUUAAAAAACAGUAUGUUCUGCUUUCCUCAGAGUCUUGAUUGGCUAAUAAGUCAGUUUUACAAAAUUUUGAUUCGUUCCGGAAAAGUUGACCAAACGGAGGUCCGUGCAAUGUGUGGGGAUCUUUUAUUGACUUGUUUCAUCUGCCCGGCUAUUGUAAAUCCGGAACCAUACGGAGUUGCAUCGGACAUCCUAAUUAGUGAAGUUGCCAGGUUCAAUCUGGUGCAGGUGGCACAGAUUCUCCAGAGUCUUUCAUUAAUGAGAGAGGACACGCAAGUGAAAAGCGGUGAUAUAUUAAGCCAGUUUGCCAAGGGAUGCAUGUCGUCCUAUUUGGAUACAGUAAUAGACAGUCAUUCAACGAACGCUAACCCGGCAAUAAACAACAACCAACUCCAAGGAAUGACACGCUCUGUGGCACUUAUCUGUGAGAGUGAAUUACACAACUUGGUUGCAUACUUCCGAUCAAGUCUCACAGCUAACCAGGGCAACCCAGAGUUGAAAGACUUAGAAGUAGCGCUGUCAGUCUUACCAAAUCCAGCCAACCUGUCUGCUCCAUCUAUUAGCACAAGUUCGGGGAACACUCCUGGGACCACGCCCCCAGGGACCCCAGGAUCCAUCUCGAGAAAAGGUAGCAAAGCCAUUAAAGUUGCCAAGAAAAGACUUCAAGAAGAUCAGGAAUCUGAGAGCUCAUCACCUCCUAGUGAUACGUGCAUGGUUACACAACCAGAGGAUGUUCUUGUUAUCUCACUGGGUAACCAUCCUAAUGAAUGCCCUGGGAUGCUCUCGGAAAGUAAGGUGUUAAGUUCCUUGCCAACGAAAUCAAAAUCCCAAAGUGAGGACAAACGUGCAAAUCUGGGAUCGAUCAACGAGCACCCAGAGAAACAACUGAGAUUCUCAGCUGAGGCGUCUGUUACCAAUGAUCACCUAAUGGAAGCAAUGUCAAUUGGUGCAUCAAAUUCAGUAUAUUCCAUUGAUUAUGAUAAUGAAAACACCAGUAACAUAAGUGGUCGUAACACACCACGCUCUGCCAUCAGCCUGGCCAGUAGUACGACGGAUAACCCACGUCCAGAUCUGAUUGAUUCCACGCAGCUGCCAAACAAUGCCAAUAUCACGGAUAGAUUUGGAAAGUUUGAGAUUGGGGACGAACUUGAGAACAAAAAAAUGCAUGGCCUUUCAGGCGAAACCUUUAGUGAUACAUGGAGUACAGAUGUAAUUGAAAGUGAUAACUCAGAACCAUCAGAAGCAAACCCAACUGAAAGGCUUCAGGAAAUUUCCGAGUCAGACCUAGAGUAUAGCGCCCUUGGGGCUGUUGCUAGGCUCCCAGAAAGCAUUAUGGAGAUUUCAGAAACAACGAGCGAGACCUGGAGUGUUGAUGUAUUACAGAGUGAUUCAGAAGCGCUGGACGAUAGGCUGAUUGAGGUUGCUGAUGCUCCGGAGGUUACAGGUUUACAAUUAUUGGAGGAAGAAAGUGAACAAAUGUCAUCAAAGGCAAGUGAGGGUCAGAGUUCACGUCGUAGUUCAUACGGCAGUCAAAGUAUAGGUCGAAGUUCAAAUAAUGAUAGCCCAAGUGGAGAGGAUAAUCCAAAGAAGGAUCAGGCACAGGAACAAACAGACAGCAAUCUUGAGGAGCAUGUUGGUCAAACUGACCAAUCACAUGAGCCACAUGUGGUGAAGGGUGCUGCCCAGACACAUGUCAAUCAACAACAAGAGUUUAACUCAUUGGAUGAUUUUGGAAUGGCAUCAUUUUCAAUGCAUUUAACUGAUCAGGAAAGUAGGAGCUUUGAGUUACAGAAUGCCUUGUCCUCCCAUGAUAAACGGCCUUCAACGGUUGUUGUGGACCAUUUUUACCAGCUGCAGGGCGAUAACAAACUAUCUCUUCCAUCAAAUCAGCUGGAAACGUCAAGCUCUGAAUCCAAACUUGAUUCACUGUUAGUAGAUUUUGAUCCGUUGGCAAGCAACAUCCCUGCUUACAACCAACAAUCAUCUGUUUCAGUAAAACAGUCUAACACUCUUCCAUUGGGAGCUAGGCCCAAGCAAAAAUUUAUAAUUACUUCACAAUUUUAUGAUGAGAGGGGGCAACGUGGACCUAUCGGGGUGACAAAUCCCCUAUAUGAGUUAAGCAAUGGGGACUUUCACUCAAAUGGCGCUAUUAAAUCCAACUCGUCUAAUCCUUUUAAACGCUACACUCAUCCGGGCACGCAAAAAGUGGUGGAUCCAAUGCACGAUGAUAGUGAUAUAUUCUUUUUAACUGAGACACCACCAAAAAGAAGGACUAACCCAUUUGAUAAGGUUACACCUCCAAAUCCAUUUGACAAUUUGGAAGAGGAUAAACAGCCGGCUUGUCUGGACAAUGAUUUCACACCUACACAGGAAAAUUGUCAAGGCUGUUUUGAAGAUGCAUUCACGAAGGCUGAGCUUCAAGAUUGUGUGGAAGUUGAGACAAAAAAGACUCAAGACGACCCUCACCAGGAUCACAGUUUAGAAGAGAGGGAUGUUUUUCCCACAGGGGGCGAGGAACUACCUUCUACUAAUUCUUAUAGCUCAACUCGUGUGGACAGCGGUUUUGCUUCAGGUGAAUCCGUAGACAUGACGCAUUUGCGAGGUAACAGUUUCACUAGCUCAGGAAGUUUAAGCAGCAACUCAGGAAUGCUGCUUUCCGAGAGCGGACGCUUCACCUCAUCGGGGAGCUACAAUAAGCCAAGUGCCGGGAUGAGUAGUUUUGCACGGUCUAUCAGUUUCGAGGGCACUACUGCAAACAACGGAGAAAAGGCUAGCAGCCAGCAAAUCAAGGCAAAAACAAUGAAAACACGGAAUCUUAAGGAAAAUGGCUCUGAUAAAGGCAAACCAUGGUGGAAACACUUAAUAGGAAGUAGAAAACCAAAGAAUCGAACAACCAAGGAGGAGGCGAAAGAUCUGGGAGAAAAACGGAAGAAGAGUUCAAGUACCGAGGGAAUCCAGAUCACUGGUAUUAGUAACCACGGCUUACAAGAUGUCUAUAGUCAGGAUGAUGGCAAUAUUGGUAUGAUGUCAUCGUCAGUACCUGAUACUACAAGUGAAGAUAUUUUAGAUAAGUACCGUGGUCUCGGCAAAACGCAAUCACAUGAUCACUUAGCAGACGUAGAUGAAGCAGACAAUUUGCUUUCAUUUGGCAUGGUCCAAGAUCGUCAACAAUCCAUGAGCGAUCAAGACGGUCAGUCGAUUGACAGUGAUCUCGAGUCAUCAUACUCUUUCCAGGACGCAAAGCGUAAACUGCGUAUCGUCUUGUGUGCCGCUGACUUCCACACGCUUCCCUGGCUGACAAACUUCUCACACAGGCACCGUGCACGCUCCAUUAUCGGGAGCAUCAUACAAAAGGACAUCUCUAGCUAUCCUGAGAAUGAGCUGAUUGCUUUUCUGAAAGUUCAGUUAGCUGAGGCUAUCAACUUGCAGAACAAAUCGCUGAUAGCCCAGCUGCAUGAAACGCUGAGAUGUGUGGCCAGCUUUGAUGAUGACACUUCUAAAAGGCUGGUAGCAUCAUUGACUGAAGACUAUGAGAAUCGCAGCCCGUACAUCUGUUACUUGGUGUUGUCUCGUAAAGGAUUAAUUGCUUCCAAGUCGCACCUUGAGAGGCUCUUAGAACGAGUUGAAAGAGAUAAGUAUGUCAGUAACAAGUAUUUUACCUCUGUGUGUGUGAGACUUUUCCUUGGGCGCCAAGAAGAGGCAAUCCAUAAGUUCAUUAGUGAUUUCAAACGGUUAACUGUUUCAGACGAAAAGACUGAUUUAGUUGAGCACUUUCUUAGCUGCUUGAAGAACUGGAUCCAACAAGAUGCUAUUUGGCAGUCUGCUAGUGAGAUCCAGAAGUUAGAUGCAGAGGUAGCAACAGAGCGUGCUAUCAUGGGUCGCAUAUAUCAGUUAGCACUUUACCCAAAUGCAGAGGGUGACAUCCAUCGAGAUCAAGUGCUUUUUGAACAUAUUCAACGGCUGUCUAAAGUGGUAACAGCUUCACACAGAUCUCUACAGAUUCCAGAAAAGUAUAGGAGGGAAUCCCCCUGGCCUGCUGCUCAAGCUGAAAUUCUUAACAUCAAUGUAUACAAAACCCCUAAAGAUAAAUUGCAGUGUGUUCUUCGCUGUUGCUCCAUUAUAAUGAACCUACUGAACAUGGCCAGCGACAACUCUGUCCCUGGUGCAGAUGACUUUGUACCUGUCAUGGUAUUUGUCUUGAUCAAAGCCAACCCACCGAGCCUCCUCUCGACAGUACAGUACGUCAACAGUUUCUAUGACAACCGGUUAAGUGGCGAAGAGAUGUACUGGUGGAUGCAGUUUUCAGCUGCAAUUGAAUUUAUAAAAACGAUCGAUGACAGAAAGUGAUUUGACUGAUGCUAUGUAUUAAUCAUGUUACAUAUCAGUUACAGAAGGGAGUAAUUGAUUGAUUAUUUGAUCAAAUAAUUAAUUACUUGAUUAAUUAGUUGAUUGUUUAAUUACUUGAUUGAUCAAUUAAUUGAUUUAAAAUUAAUUAACAUAUUUUUACCAAAUCAGAUAUGAGAUGAUUGUAUAUCACUGUGAUGAGGAUAUCAGAAAUGAUUUUAGCGUUUCUUGUUUUUAAUUCAAAUUGAAUAACUAGGCGAAAGCUAGGCAGUAAAGUGUCAGGAUUUGUCUAUCAAGGCCCAAAGGAUGCCCAGAACCCCUCUGAAGCAUCAGAUAAUUUGAGGAUUACGAAAAACUUGUUUCAUCGAUUUUAGAGUUUGUCUGUAAAAAUAUAUAUAAAUGUUUUAUUCUCCCAACAAAUUGUUUUUAGGUCCCUUGCAGGAAGGUGGUACUGUCCCUGAUGGGGUUCUUUUCCCGAUAAAGCCCCCAUUAACUGACAGUAUCUAAUUAGAAUUUAUCUGCUACAUAUGUUUGUUUCAGACAUCUACAGUAAAGUGUCUUCCUAUGUCAUGUUAAUGCUUGUACUUAUAGUGAACAAAUCCAACAUUAAUCUGGGCUAUUAUGUUUUAUACACUUGAGUGAUAAAUAUUCUCAUAUUAAAUGUUUUACCAAACACUUUUUUUUAAAAGUCCAUACUGUACCCUAAAGUGUGUGUAUAUAUGAUUAAUUAUAGGUUAAGGGUGCUCUUGUUAUUUCUACUCUCUGAUGGGCAGGGUGAAUGAACUUUUCUCAUUCCUCCCUCCCCACUACUUUAAUAUAAUAAUCAUUGUCAUUGUUUGUGAAGGGGUAGUUUAUUGUAUCAUGUGGUACUACAGGUGAGGUGAGGGUAGAGACGCGCAGGUGCAGUUUGACAGUAUUUUUGUACUUCAUGGAUUUGCUUGAAUGAUCUCAUAUUGAUAAUCCAGUUGUGAUGAGAUCCACGGUGAUAUACGAUGACCAUCCAAAAAUGAUAUAAUCCACAUUGAAUGAGUUGAAAUCUCACAAACGAUACUUAAGGAAACGAAGGACAUAAGAUCAAAACAGUUACAGUUUAUUAUUCAAACAUGCGGUAACUGAAACAUGUUUCUUUUUCCCAAAGCGCCCUCAACAUUAUCGAAACAUCUAAGAAUUAUAUUCCAUAACACAAGUAUUGAAUUAAAAAUAAUUGACUAAAAUUGCACUCGUGACAUUAUGGGUAAUCAGUAAAACCUCAAAACCAUCUGUGUGUUAACAGUAAAAAUAUGCUUUUAUUUUCGUCUUUGUUCUGGUUUUCCCACAAUCAUAUUCAAUAUUAAAACCGGGCACACAUUGCAGCAGUCAUUUGAUUGUCAGCAGACAAAUCAAAUACAUCUCGGCUCUGUGAGCUGAUUGUGCACCUCGUUGGGUUGUGCUCUUUACAGAAACAUGUCAGCGUAGAGUAUCUCUGGCUUAGCUCACCAAGCUUCUGCAUUGAAAUGAACCAUAUAAUGUCUGUUGUUUCUUUAACGUAUGGGUGCAGUAUGCCAUAUCAUGCCCAUAUAUGGGCAAAUCAUACAUUUGGUGGACAGAACUUGUGUCAUUAUAAGACAAGCAGAGUGAAUUUAGUUCCUUAAUUUUAGAAGAAACUGGCAUAUCCAAAAUGCUAUGAGAUUUGUUUAAAUGAUAAAUCACAAGGUUUUUAUUAUUGAGGAUGUCCAUGGUUUUAUUAUUGCUUGCCAUUUAAAUUGAACUCACUGCCAGGGAUUUAAACUAGCAUUUUAGUAAAUCAAUUGUAAUAUACUGUCUUACAGGGAAGCAUGUGUACACCUCAGUACUGUACUAAUUCUGUUUUAAUUAGAGUGGAUCAAUGUUCAGUGACUUUGCACUUCUUUUAUGUAUUUAAAGCUGGUCCUAGAAUGCAUUGUGUUAGUACUUAUACUAAUAUAUAUUAUAUAUAUUGCUUGCUUGAUUUAUUGAUUGGUUGUAUGAUUAAUUGGUAGUGAUUGGUGAUGUAGUUCCUUGGUUGAUAAAUUGUUUAAUUGAUAGAUUUCAGUGAUUGAUUGAUUAAUUGAUUGAUUGAUUAAUUGAUUGAUUGAUUGAUUGUUUGAUUGAUUGUUAGUAGUGUAUAUUGCAGUGUAUUAAUACACUUGAAAAAUCAGUCACAUUGUUUACUUUAAAGUGUAAUAGUUUACAGUAUGAGUCAGUCAAUAUAUAACUAGCUGUGUUAGUAAAGAAGAUUAAUAUUAAUAUAUUAUGUUUAUGACUCAUGUAAAAUAAUGUCUGAAAAUUUGUUUUUUAAAUUGAAUUAUUUCUUUUUUUAUGUAUCAUUUCAUAAUCAAUUAAUGAUAUAGAAUAUUGUAAUUAGUAUCUUUUGAUUGUUUUAUCAUCAAUGUUUUUUUUUUUUUUUUUUUUUGAAAGGUAGCGUUGAGAGAAUUUGUCUCCGUCAUCCGCAAUGUUUAGGGUGUUUGUAUAUGGAAUUACUUUAAUGACAAGUAUGUUAUUUGUAAAGCAUAUGUCUAUAUUAUAUGUAUUUUAUUAAGCAUGUAUAUGUAUAAAAUUAGUAAAAAUAUUCUCCAGAUUCUUGCAUUAUUAAAUAAAUCAUAUGUCUGAAUUUUUGUAAACUCUGUUAACAUAGUCAGAUUUAAUUUUAAAUCUUACUUUCUCAAUUUUUUUUUAUUAAAUAUUAUUAUUUUACUUUCAUUUAUUGUGAAAAAACAUCUUUUUAUGCUUGUUUUAUAAUUUUUCUGAUCAUAUGGCUAGACAAAUCACAAAACAUCCUCCUGAUUUUUAAUUUGGCAGAAUCUUUCACUACAUGAAUAUACAUUAUUUUCUAUAAUGAUUUUUUUUCUUGCACUAUGAGAUAUGCCUGGUAAAAGGUUUUUUGUUAUCCUUUAUAUUAUAUAUUUUUAUAUUAUACAAUAAUACUAUAUAUCUUAUCUGUUUUUUUUUAUCCUUUGUUUUUGAUAUUUUUUCCUUCAGUACUUUAAUAUAACAAUUGUAAAACAAGUUUCCUUGUAUUCAGUGGCGUAUCUAGGGGUAUGGGGGAACUACAGGGCCCCCCCCCCCUCAGUCCCUUUCAAAAAAUCAUGGUCAAGUAGUUAAAAGUCAACUAAAAUCACCUUUUUUUUUCGAAUUAGCGCCCCUCAACUGAUUAUCAAGCCCCCCCACUUCAACUUCGCGUCCCUCAUCAUUUCAAGACUUCUAGAUCCACCACUGUUUUUUUUUUUCUUAAUUUCUUAAAGCCAUUUCCGCAAAAUUUGUUUAAUGACAUUGGUGGCGCUAUAUAUUCUAUGAGGAAAAAGUGUAGGUACCCAACGAAGGGCCACGCCUUCACAGGCUCACCAUGAUUGGGGCUGAGGUGAUGAUAUUUUUUUAGAAUAGGCACCUUUAGAAGCCGGAAAUGGCACUGUCGGACAGCAAAAAAUUAUUGGCAACCAAAGUUUAGGCCUAGACUUGGGACCCUGGCAAUCUUAAAAAUUCUU